AUGAUCGACUUGCUCAUUGGAAAACCAUCAACUGACUUGCUACCUGCUGCACUAUUUGCAAAGGCCGCGCAAAAGGCUCUGGAACGAUCGGAUGCGCCGUCGCUCAUAUUACAGUAUGGUCCUGAACUUGGCAAUGCCAACUUUCUAGAUCGCCUUGCAAGGUUCUUGUCGCUAGAAUAUCAUUCUACAGUGGAAAGUCAGCAUCUGUGCGUCUCCACCGGUGCAUCGUUCGCGCUUCAACACAUGUUAACGUUGCUGACAAGACCCGAGUCCACCACACGAUUUGCCUUUUUUCAGAAUCCCACCUAUCAUCUCGUUUACAAUAUAUUUUUGGAUUGCGGUUUCAAGAAGGAUCAAUUUAUACCUGUUUCGGAGAACGAUACAGGAUUGGAUGUUGAUGCGUUGGCCGAAUUUCUUGAAAAGCAUUUUCCUCAAGGCAAGGACGAGAGCAACAACGAUGAUGGGUUUUAUUCGGCUGUCAUGUAUUGUGUUCCGACGCAUGCCAAUCCUACAUCUUCGAUUCUUUCCGCCGCCAAACGUGCUCGUCUCGUUCAACUAGCUCGCCGCUACAACAUGCUGAUAAUCUGCGACGAUGUCUAUGAUAUACUGACCUUUGAUGGUAACGUUCCCAAACGACUCGUGGCAUAUGAUUUGGAAACAGAGGGACCGCCUGUGGUUGUGAGUAACGGAUCAUUCUCCAAAAUUUUGGCACCGGGUGCACGUGUUGGAUGGAUGGAAGCCCAAACCGCGUUGAUCCAGCGAUUAGGUACUUGGUAA